UUAAAAACACACUAAAAAAAUAAUAUAUAAAAAAAUUAUUUACUAAAUUUCACAAAAAAUUUUGAUACCAUAAAAACUAAACCAAAUAUUUUCUAUAUAUUUUAUUUCAAUAUAAACAGCGAUUUAUAAUUGUGACAGAGGCAUGUUCAUAUUUAUUUUUGGAAAACUACUAAGCAGACACUCUUCAGCCCAUACAAAAUAUGCAACCUCAUAUAUGUGUGUGUGUGUUUGUAAAUAAACAGUCUCUCGCCGAUUACAAAAUCAGCAGCCGGUGUGCAUUUAAUAAAAACAACAACACUGAACAGCUGUUGAGCUGAUUAGCCGGACCUGGUCUGUGUGCUAAAAUACCAGCGACGUCAAUAGUGCACACACGCAUACAUAUAUAUACAAGCAAGCGCUGUAGGCUCAUUUCAUUUGUGGCAAGACUGAGCGAUAUGCCCAUGUACAUAUAUGUAACUGUAAAUAAGCAAAAAUUAAAAUACUAAAGAUGACAUGCUAAAAAUAUAACUGUCAUUAUGUAGCCACACACCUAGUCACACCCACACACACACUCACACACAUUUAUGAGCCAGCAUGUGCAUUUCCAUUAUUACUUAUUGAUUUCCACUUAAUGUGAUCUGCAGCGACGGCAGCGUCAGCAUAACUCUAGUAUGCUUGUAAAUAAGAGGAUGACAAAAACAAAAAUAAACAAAAAACAAUAACAAAAACAAAAACAAUUCUGUAUAUUUUACGCUCUAAUUAGCUAAUAAUUAAGCAAUAGCAUUCGCAUUCUACUUGGAUAAAAACGCAAGUGUCGGUGAAAAACGGGUAAUCACUAGCGCUAGAGUGUAAACAAAUGAAAAAGAAAUAAAUAUAAUUAAAUCAAAAAUAGUCAAAUAGAGUAAUUAUAGCAAAAUAAAAUUCAUUUAAACGCAAAUCGAUAAAAAAUUACAUACAAACGCAUUUCACUACACAGAAUUUGCAUAUUCAACAAUAAGUGUCGGGUGUAAAUUAAUCUACCAAAUAAAAUAAUAAAGGUUGCAUAGUGUAAAAUAAAUAAGAAAAUAAUUAUUUGAAAAUGACUUCCACACAAUUAAGUUCAGCAAAGCAGCAAUUCACUCGUUUAAUUAACUGCAGUGCGAAACAUAUAAUUAUCGAAAGAUAUUUACAAAUAAAUGAUUUAAAAGCAAAAAAUUAGAAAAAAAUUACGCAAAAAGUGAGCAAGUGAAAAUUAAUAAUUAAUAGUAAUUAAUUAAAAUUAAAUAUAAAAUAAUUAAUUAGUAAAUAAUUAAGCUAAGCGAAUAAUAAACAAGUUCUACUUCGUUUGAGUCAAGGUCAAGCGUGUGUGUGUGUGUUCCGCUUAAGUUGGCAAAACAAUAUCUAAAUGCGAAGAUAACCUCCGCUCAACAGCGUCUAGCCCGCAACAAAGGACCAGCGAGGCAAAUAAUAUUAAUGACACAACAACGCGAAAUACAGACACACACACUUCCAACACUUGCAACGCCCAAGUGAAACACGCCCCGUCUGCGAAGUAAUCUUCGGGAGUAAUAAAUAAAUUAUUGCCAGUAGUAAUAAUAAAAGUAAUAGCAAAAUAAUAAUAAACGCCUAUGCAUUAAUACAACACCACCAACAACAACAAAAGCAACCACCGCUAGCACCAACAACACAAGCAACAAUUUUCACGGCGCCGCAGCAGCGCUAGCAGCAGGCAGGCAGCAGGAAAACUACAACUUCAACAGCAUACUCGAAAAGUAACGGCAAUAACGGAACAAAAUGGAUUAUAGCCAAUUAGAUGCGGAUAUCAAUGGCAACAUCAAUACGGGCAAUAUCAAUACAAAUGACUUCCUCGCCAUAUUCUCAUCAACAACAAGUCCCACCGAUGUGACUGCAACGCCUGCCUCGUCGGCGGGAGGCUGGUCCGGCGGCGGCAGCGGUGCCGUCGGGCACAAGCACUACACACAUCUGUCCGCCCCACCACACAGCAGUAACGGCAGCAUUUUCUACGCCAGCAACAGCAGUAGCAGCAGCAGCGCAGCCAGUGCACCGACCGCCCUCAGCAAUACAACAACACUACUCAACCCGCCACUACUAACCGUCGAUGCUGGCGCUGAUGGCGGUGCGGCAGGCGGCGCGGCCAAUCAAUAUGGGCUGGGAAAUUUGCUCGAGAGCACCUUACAGGGCGCCAUCACAACGCUGAGUCCGAAUAAUUAUGUCAACGACAGUUACUACUUCUUGAAUAGCAACUUCUAUAACGGUAGUAUGAGUUAUAGUGGCAGCGCGGGCAAUUACAGUAAUCAAACGUUGACGGUUGGUGGUGGCAUGACAUCGGCGAAUUUGUCCUCGAAUCUGACGGAAGUGCAAUGGGACGGUCGCUAUCCGAGCGGUUAUACGUUGCCGCAAAUCGUCAUCGCUUCGGUAAUCGUGACCAUAUUGAUGAUUAUCAUCGUGGUGGGCAAUAUGCUGGUCAUCAUUGCCAUUAUGACAGAGAAAUCGCUAAAGAACAUACAGAAUUGGUUUAUUGCCUCGCUGGCGGUGGCGGACUUCUUUCUCGGCCUGAUCAUAAUGCCCUUCUCGCUGGCGAACGAACUGAUGGGCUAUUGGAUAUUCGGUAGUUGGUGGUGUGACAUACACUCCGCAAUGGAUGUGCUGUUGUGUACGGCGUCCAUAAUGAAUUUGUGCCUGAUAUCGUUGGAUCGGUAUUGGAGCAUUACGAAGGCGGUGGACUAUCUCAAGUCGCGUACGCCGGCGCGUGCGGCAAUCAUGAUUGCCUCCGUGUGGAUAAUGUCGGCAUUGAUUUGCAUACCGCCGUUGCUGGGUUGGAAGGUGAAAAUGCCGGAGGGACCGUUGCCGAAAUGUGCGUUAUAUAUUUGUGGUCUGGUCAUUCCAAUUUUGUUGAUACAAUUCUCGUAUACGAAUAUCUUAAUGAAUUUAGCAUAG